AUACGACUGUUCACAAGAAAUCAGCUAGAAGUGGUACACAAGAGUUUGGUCUGAAGCGUGAGGUCCCCCGGGAGACUCAAGAGGAGGACAAUAAUGUCAUUGUCCUGCCUGUACAGGUUGAGGACACACCAGAUGUCCCUGGCAGGAACUACUACAAUACUGGCAAUGCUGGACACCGCCAAGUGAUUCCCUUGACACAGCCUCAGACAAUAGAUGAGCAAAUGAAAUCAACAGUAGAAGAAUUUUAUCGACUACCGGAGGGUUUCGUCCAUUCCUAUAGCGAAUCCCAACAUCCUAGAAACAAAGGGAAAAACAGGUUCAAAGGAUAUUACCCAUAUGACUACAACCGCGUGGUGUUGCACGACGGCAGUGAGAGCACAAGAGGAGACUACAUCAACGCCAGCUACAUUGACGGUUAUAAAGCAGAGAAACGUUACAUUGCAGCACAAGGUCCCUACAGACCAGAAGUCGUGGUGGAUUUCUGGAGGAUGAUCUACAAGGAGCAUUGUGCAACAGUUGUCAUGUUGACGGAGCUUGUUGAGACAGGGAAGAUGAAGUGUCUUCAGUACUGGCCUAAGCAAGGCUCCCUCCAAUUUGGUGACAUUACAGUUACCAUGGAGACAGAAGCAGGCCUCGCAAACUACAAAAUCACCAAACUGUCCCUUCAGAAUGAAAAGGAAGCCAAGGUUCGACAUCUCAACCACUUUCAAUUCACGGGCUGGCCGGAUAAUGACGCACCAGACACUUCCGCCUUUCUGGAGUUUAUGUGGAGAGUCAAGGGCAGUUCCGGCGGGCUAGAACACCCGAUCGUUAUUCAUUGCAGUGCUGGUGUUGGACGGACCGGGACGUAUAUCGCUAUAGAGAGUCUAGUGGAACAGGUAGCGGUAGAAAGCAAAGCUGACGUCGUCAGCUUCAUCUCCAGCAUGAGAGGCCAAAGGAAGAACAUGAUACGGACCAAGGAGCAGUACAUGUUCCUGCACCAGGUCGUGGACAUGGCGGUGUCAGAAGGGGACACCUCAUUGGACUCGGACAUGAUCAUACAGACUGAUCUCAGUCACGUGUCUGAGGUUACCAUGGGCAACAAGAAUGUACAGCAACACCUUGAGGUAUUGGAAAAAGAAAGUGAAGAAGGGUUUAAAAGAGAUCCAGUUACCACAUUAUCAUCACACAAAUCCAAGAAUGGUUUCGUCGUUUUGUCGAGUCAAGACAAGGAGGAAGAGUGGAGUCAAGUGUAUAAAAGUGAUUCCCGCAUUUUGAUCACUUGGGCUGCAGACAAACCGGUGUACCUUCCCUCAAACGACAGUCCCAUCACAACAGCAAGGAUUGAAGCGUGUAUGCGCGGUUCUACAGUAAUACCUGAUGAUGUUCUCCUCAACACCGUUGAACUUACAGCAGAGGAUGCUGAUGGCUCAGCUCUCAUUCAACACUAUCACUUGACCGGAAGUAUACGUAACCAAAGUGUGAAUCUGCUGAUUGACAGUUUACUGACACGGUUGAAUGACCAACAGCAAUGCUCUUGUACAGUGGUUUCUCACUCAGUGGGUGAGGCCCGUCUCCUGAUCCUUCUGAUGAACAUCGCCAGCAGACUGAUGGACGACGGCCGGGUGGACGUCAUCAGAAACAUGAGACGUCUGCAAUCAAGUCUCGGUGGACCCCCUUUCGGGGAGGAGGAUGUCUGCCUAUGUCUGGAGUUCGCCCAGCGACGACUGGAAUCUUCAGUUUCUGUCAACGUAUAAAAACAUCAUCACCUUGAAUAGAUGUUUAAUUUCAACAUAGCUUAUAUGCUUUUUACUGAACAUUGAGCUAAGUUUUACAUGAUAAAUGUUAAUUGUUGUAAAGUUCCAAAUUAUAUGAAUGCCAUUCUUCAAUGGCAAAGCAUGGAGUUAAACUGAAAGUAGUGGUUUGGGUUGCAUCAGUUCAGUUUGUGAAGUUGGUUGUUGAUUUAAAGUUAAAAAAUGAACUUAUCGGCUUUAGGGUGUCUCUGUAUGAACUCCGAAAUCGAAGUACUGCACACACAUCUCUCUCUCUCUCUCUCCUCUCUCUCACUCUCUCUCUCUCUCUCUCUCUCUCUCUCUCUCUCUUAAUGUCUCUCUCUCUCACCACGUGGCUAAUAUCUAAGGAAGGUAACCUAUGUAACAAAUAUACUUAUGAUUAUGAUUUUCAUAUACUCCUAUACUAUGAACAACUUAACAUUUAAACCAAUUUUUGUGUGUUAUGAUUGACAUUCUUGAUGUGGACACCUAUGUUUCCUUUGAGUGAUAAAACCACACACACAUCUGCUUGCAUAAGUGAAAUAAUCAUGAAUGAGAAGUAAAACGUUACAUUCAGCUCACCUUCUAAUUGACAAUAUCCUUAAAACUAAGCAGAACAUCGCCUAUCCUCAGCGAUAAGCCUGUAAAAUGCUUUAAGGCCCGGUGACGAAGUUUAUUCUGAUUUCUAUGUUCAAACGUUCAGCAUGGCUUCAUCUUAUCUGCGUAGCUAUCUUUGCAUAGUACAUACGAAACAGAAUUAAUAUUCAUGUGUAAUUUAUCUUUAGUUUCCUUUUAAAUAACUUUACGCUUGUACGCAUAGACAUAAACAAGAUAUUGACGGUGAAGUGCUUUGCCACACUCUAGAUCUUUAUGGGACAAAGAGUGGUGAGGUAACCAGUAGCUUUUGUGUAAUGUCAAAGUGUAGAGCUACGUACCAGGAAGCUAUCGAUGCUGCUCUUUGAUCGUUUCUACGACACUUAAAAUAUUGAUUUACGACUGUCGCUUAGUGGAAUGAAGUUUUGCUCCUUAGAAGUAUAUUAUCACUUCUGGUCAUCAGUAAUCUUUAUUCCAUUUUCACUUUAAAAACCUAUCAUGGACAAAUGACCACUGUUGUAGAUAAAAUCGUCACAUACCUUAUUGCUAUUACCACUGUUUGCGUUUUUAAACAGUGCCACUGUAAAUAUUUUUAAAUUGCUAUUGAUCUGUAAACCUAGUUAAUUUAAUAUCGCAACUGCUAAUUGUUUAACAUUUUGUGGUUGUGGUUUGGUUUAAAAAUGAAUGUCUUUGCAAAGAGAUAUCUGCUUUCACUUAAUAUUUCGAUUCUGUGAAAUUGAGACACACGUAUACUUCAACAACAACAUUGUCAAAGGUUAGCUUUGAUCGUCAUUGUACACAUUUAGAGUGGCCUCCCUUUAACCUCGACGAGGUUUCGUGAGCCAGAGGAUCUUCGGAAUGUGUUAAUAUUGUCUUGUAUAGAUAAACGUUUACGAAAAUAUGUUUCUGAAGGUAACUGAAAGCCAAAAGAAUACACAAAUGUAUAAACUGGUUUGGUUUGAGAGCAAAGUUUACCUAUAUAUGAAAUAAGCAGCCAUAUGCAUUCAAACUGGAGUCUUGUAUUCAUAUUUCAUCGGUAAUAACUUAGACAUUUGACAUUCACGUGAGGUUUUGAUGCAAUGCUACACUCGUCCUUCAUAUAUUUCAUUGUGUAGGUUAGAAACGGUACCGUACUAUAACAGGCCGUGUAGCAUACCACCAAAUCCAGCCACAUUUAACCAAUACAUCAGAAACUACUGAUCUCUCAUACAAUGACAAAUCAGACAAAUCAGUCGAAAUAAGAAUUAUUUCACUGAGGGAGGAACUUCUUAAAAAGAUGCCUACUGACACCAUUAUCAAUUCAAACAAUACAAGUAUGGUGACCUACAAUGUACCUCCAGUUGCUGGUGAUCUCAAGUCCGUUUUUAUAUAUUGUAUUCUUCAUAAAAUAUGUUUAAUUUUACAGUUA